AUGGGCAAGUUUGGGUCGCAGACUAGUACCUACAACAAGUUGGUGACCAUAUUCGUUGCCAUUGGUUCCAUGACGUAUGGCUACUGCGCCUCCAUCAUCACAAGCACGAUCGGCCAGCCAGGAUGGUACUCUUACUUCGAUCUCCCUGCAGAUGAUGAACCGGGGUACGCUUCGACCACAACCCCGGUCAUCUCGACGGCCAACGGCGUGUUCAGCGCCGGAGGAGCCGUCGGCACGUUUUUCAUAAUGUGGUCCUGCGAUUUCUUCGGCCGGAAGGUGAACAUCCAGCUGGGUGCGUUUUUCUCCAUGUUCGGAGGCGCCUUGCAGGGGGGCGCCAACUCUCUUGCCAUGUUCCAGGCCGGGCGGUUUGUCUGCGGUCUGGGAAUCGGCAUCCUGGUGACUGUUUGUCCCAUGUAUCUCUCUGAAACAUCCAGCGCCUUGCGUCGAGGCUGGCUUGUCGGCCAUCAUGCCAUCUUUCUGGUCUUUGGCUACAUGCUUGCGGGGUGGGUGGGCUAUGCAUGCUACUAUUCCGACGCGACAAUGGGCAGCUUCGGCUGGAGAUUUCCGCUGUGCUUGCAAUGUUUGCCCCCGUUAGUCUUGCUUCUCGGGUCGCCGUGGCUGCCUCGGUCUCCGCGGUGGUUGAUCGCAAAGGGCAAGCAUGAAGAGGCCAGACGGGUCCUGGAGAAGCUGCGCAAGUCCCCGGACGACCCGGAUAAUAUGGUCGCCAAGGACGAAUACUUCCAGACGGCGGAGCAGAUCCACCUGGAAGCGAGGAAGCUGGCGGAGUAUGGGAACGUGUGGAAUGCCAUCCUAAAGAAGAAAUCGUAUCGAAAGCGUAUGGCCAUUGGGUUUCUCACGCAAUGGGGAGCAGAGUUUGGUGGUCCGUUGAUUAUCAAUAACUACGCUGUGGUUCUGUACACCAACCUUGGAAUGACGGGAAGCAUGCCACUGCUUCUGAGCGCUCUUUGGCUGACAACCGCCGGUGUCAUCUACAAUCCACUGGGUGCUUGGCUGCAUGACAAAGUCAACUCCCGCCGAGGCAUGUACAUCACGGGCUUUGUUGGAAUUGUCAUUAGCACAUCAUGUCUGGCCGCCAUGACUGCCGAAUAUGCCGGCACUACAAACAAGGUCGGCAAUGGGUUUGGGGUCUUCUUCAUGUUUCUGUACUUGGCUUUCCAGGGCACAUGCUGCGACACCACGAUGUAUCUCUACGUCUCAGAGAUUUUCCCUACCGAGAUUCGGCCAAUUGGCAUGGGAUUCUCGCUUUUUGGGCAGUUUGCUUCUACCCUGAUUCUGCUACAAACGGCCCCCAUGGGGUUCAACAAUGUUGGUUGGAAGUUCUACCUAGUUAUCAUCUGCUGGUCAGCAGCGUUUAUCCCGGUGAUCUACUUCUUCUUCCCAGAGACUGCCCGAUUGACGUUGGAGGAAAUCGCGAAGAACUUCGGCGAAGAAGUCGCCGUGAAUCUCACCGACGCAAGCGAUGAAGAAAAGGCACGUAUAGCAAGAGUCGCCAUGAGGCCAGAAAGCCCUGAUUUCACGGGAUCGACUGGGGAAAUCGAGAUCGCAGGGCCAGUACAAUCGGCAUCUAGCUUGCCUGGAGAGGCUCGUCAUUAA